CCGCGGGUAUGGCGCAGAGCCGCAGCCACCUGGCGAAGUCGUGCAACAUGGUAGAGCAGGACAACUGCUGGAAAAAAUACAUUGAAACUGAACUAGAGGCUGCAAAAACAUGGUCUCAUAAAUGGGGAUUCUUGAAAACACCUCUUGACGAGUUGAUUCACGAUAAGGAAGAAAACACAAGCCCCAAGAUAGAGCUUCCAGAACAUCUGCAGGUUCGACCUGUGACGCCUGUGGAGAAAUACAUUAAGGUGCUUCCAUCUCCUCCAGUACCUAAGACUACCCAGCGGUUUAUUGGUUGGAGAUCAGCCGUUCCAGAGUUGCAACUUGAACGUGGUUUUCAAAUCCAAAGCUGCAAAGGUUCCUUUUUCAAGGAUCUGAAGUGGCCACAUGAGCCCUCUGACUGACAUUAAUGAAAUAACAGCUAGGCACACAGAUCCAUUUGCAUCCCUAAGGAAACAUUCCAGGGUAGACUGUUGGACUGUUAAACACUUAUGCUCUAAAAAAUCCACACUGAUUUUGGUAAAGCGUGAACAUUUUAAUGUAGCAUUUUACUUGUUAGAGCUGUGGCAUCCAAGCUGUUAACAAUGCUUUAGGUUUACUUUGAAGUAACAGUGAAUAAACUCCUAUAAAGAUCACA